CUGCACCAGAGCUGACUAAAGGGUGUUGGUCAUCCUGCCGAUCAUGACACCGAAUCAGAGACUGAUUCUGCUCUUGCUUUUGGGACUCACUGUCACUUCAGGAACGGGCACUUCUCUUUGCACUCACGAGGUUAUGACUCGUUGUGUGUGCAAUGGUAUGGAUAUCUUCAACCUCGAAAAUAUGUUGUCUCUCAGGUUUUCAGAGCUGGAGCUGAGAGAUAGCAAACUAGAUGGCUUUGAAUUACCCAUCGAUCUGGAGAUGUUUUCCUACUUAAUUCAGAUAAAUAAACUAACUUUCACCAAUGUCACAAUGUCCUUUUCAUUCAUCGGUGCAGUCUUCCAUUUUCUGCCCUCGAUAUUGAAUGAAAUUAACAUAAUUUCCUCCACUCUGAAAGAUGUCAAACCUUUACAAUAUCCAGAAUCACUUGAUGCAUCUAAAAUUAAAGCCCUUCUACUGGAAAACACAACAGUGGACCCUUCUCUCCUCCAGCCCUCCUUCGAGGCUUUCCACCGCUGGUUGUUUGGUUCCCUGAAAUCUCUAGGUCUUGUCCAUUCUGGCCUGGUUGAGAUUGACUGCAACUGGGCUCAAAGAGUACAAAACCUGAGUCAUCUGGAUCUUUCGGAUAACCCCAUCUCUUACACUAGCCUGCAGAAUAUCUCACAAUGCUCCUCGCUUUCAUUCAAGUCCCUAAAAUCUCUUCAUCUGAGAAACAGCAGUCUCACCUCCCUCCAAUCUCUUUGCACGCCCUUGAGCCUCACCCCUGCCCUCACCCAACUUGAUGUCAGCAGGAACAAUUUCACCGUCCUCAACUAUCCACACUGCCUCCACAUGAAGCCGCUCAGGAUGCUCAAUCUUUCCCACUCGGAGAUCACAGAGGUUAACUCGUUGUUCUCUGAAUCUCUGGAAGAACUGGAUCUUAGUUAUAAUUCUCUCGAAGUCUUCAAUAACCAACUGCAGACCCUAAAGAGGCUAGAUUUGUCUCAUAAUCACCUCAUACGUCUCCCGUCUCUGGAUAGCCUGUCUCAUCUCCAGGAUCUAAAGGUGGACAGUAACCAGCUUACCAUCUUAAUACAGGAGACAACGAAUUUGAGCACACUGGAGCAGCUGGAUAGUCUCUAUGCAGGGAGGAACCCUUAUCAGUGUGACUGUGCCCUAAAAGAAACCAUCAUCUUCCUGAACAGCACAGACAGUGUGUCUGUGGAGGAUUACCCUGAAGACUUUCUGUGUGCCACACCAGUGGCCCAGCAGGGGACUCAGAUAAUGAAUUUGUCUUUUGAAGCUUGUAUGAAUUCGACCAAUGACGCACAGCAGCACAGCUCUCCUCUCUGUUUGACACUCUUUGUCGUUCCGUUGACAUGCAUGAUUUAUUCUUGUUAAUGUUUGCUGCAGACAGCAACCUUGCAUCCACUUUCUAAUGAAUGAACCUACUAAUGCCUUUACUAUUGGGUUUUAAACUAGUUACUAAACCUUAUAGAUUAUAAGUGAUCAAGUUGCUGAUUUAUUAUAAACGUAUUACCAACAUUUUUAGC